UCUUAUAACAACACCACAUGUUCAAUUUGCCCACUGACACGUGGUGAAUUCAGUGACAGCGAUUGUCUCAGUGGGGGUCCCGGUGUCCUCUCCUCCUUCGGCUUGAGGCGAAGUGAAUUGAUCCAGGCACAAGCGCGUCUGCCUCCGAGGUGACCGGAUCCUCCGAGCUUGUGGUUCUCCACCGGGAUAUCGCUUUCACUCCCCCCACCCUUGUCGCCUCCACCAGUGGGAAUCAAGUGGAGUAAUUAGCCGCAUUGUUGUGGAGCCCCCGCGCUGAAGGAGGACGGAUGGAUGGAUGGAUGGAUGCGAGCGGAGCGGAGGCGCACCGUGGAAGCGAUCUGACCGUGUGAUGCAGCUGCUGGCGCGGACUGAGAGGAAACCAGCUUCGCCUCUUCUGCCGCUAAUGUCUCAAGCUUAAACACCCGAGAGGCGACGCGAUUGUAGCAAUUCAGGGAAUAUAAGCCAAGUGGCAGCGGCGGAAUCCGUCCGUGUGCGCUCGACCCCGCGUGUUUCGCCGCGGAUCCGCGACUUUUAUUGAACUGAGAGGACGCUUGAGUUUGAUUGAUCUGGAUGUCUUCUGACGCAGGACCGCAUGAGCAAUAGCAGGGCGUGAACUUCGCAGACGCGCAGACCCCUUCACGUUAAUAACGCGUCUAUCCGUCUGGAGAAAAAAACGCGACUGGAAGUCACCCGCGGAAAUAAUGGAUCUGAAAGCGGACUCGGAGGACAUGGACUACAAGCGACCCGCUCCGAUUGAAGUUUUCGCCAGCAGGUCCACCCUGCACGGCAUCUCCCACAUGUUCACCUAUGAGCGGAUGUGCAUCAAGAGGAGUCUGUGGAUCUUGUUCUUCCUGGGCUCCCUGGGCGUGCUGGUGCUGGUGUGCGUGGACCGGGUCCAGUUCUACUUCCAGUACCCGCACGUCACCAAGCUGGACGAGGUGGCUGCCACGCUCAUGAACUUCCCUGCGGUCACCUUCUGCAACCUCAACUCCUUCCGCUUCAGCAGGGUCACUCGCAAUGACCUGUACCAUGCUGGGGAGCUGCUGGCCUUGCUCAACGGCAGGUAUGAGAUCCGGGACCCUCACCUGGUGGAGGAGAAUGUCCUGCAGGUCCUGAAGGAAAGAGCAAACUUUGACAGCUACAAGCCCCGCCCCUUCAACAUGCGUGAGUUCUAUGAUCGAACCGGACACGACUUGAAGGACAUGCUUCUCUCCUGCUUCUACCGUGGAAUGGAGUGCAGCGCUGAAGACUUCCAAGUGAUAUUCACGCGCUAUGGAAAAUGCUACACCUUUAAUUCGGGCCAGGACGGACGACCGUUGCUGGUGACCAUGAAGGGAGGGAUGGGCAACGGCCUGGAGCUCAUGCUGGACAUCCAGCAGGACGAGUAUUUGCCGGUGUGGGGAGAAACCGACGAGACGUCGUUUGAAGCCGGGAUCAAAGUUCAAAUCCACACCCAGGAUGAGCCGCCGUUCAUAGACCAGCUGGGCUUUGGAGUGGCACCGGGGUUCCAGACCUUUGUCUCCUGUCAAGAGCAACGGCUGACGUAUCUGCCUCCACCGUGGGGAGACUGCAAGGCCACAGCGAUGGAUUCAGACUUCUUCAGCUCCUACAGCAUCACAGCGUGUCGGAUCGACUGUGAAACAAGAUAUCUGGUGGAGAACUGCAACUGCAGGAUGGUCCACAUGCCAGGCGACGCCCCAUACUGCACCCCUGAGCAAUACAAGGAGUGUGCAGAUCCAGCCCUGGACUUCCUGGUGGAGAGGGACAAUGAUUAUUGCGUCUGUGAGACCCCGUGUAAUCUGACUCGCUAUGGGAAAGAGAUGUCCUUCGUCAAGAUCCCGAGCAAAGCUUCGGCCAAGUACCUCGCCAAGAAAUUCAACAAGACGGAGCAGUACAUUUCAGAUAACAUUUUGGUUCUGGAUAUCUUCUUUGAAGCUCUGAAUUACGAAACCAUCGAACAAAAGAAGGCCUACGAACUGGCGGGGCUGUUGGGUGACAUUGGCGGCCAGAUGGGUCUGUUUAUCGGCGCCAGCAUCCUCACCAUCCUGGAGCUUUUUGACUAUCUGUACGAGGUGAUCAAGUACAAGAUGUGCCGCUGCGUGAAGAAGAAACAUAAAAGCCGGGGCAACAACGACAGAGGAGCUGUGCUGAGCCUGGACGAUGUGAAACGCCACGCUCCUUGUGAGAACCUGCGUACUCCAUCUACAUAUCCAGGCAACAUGCUACCUCAUCACCCGGCGCAGGGAAACUUUGAGGACUUCACUUGCUGAGCAGACUGAAGCUUCGCGGGAGUGUUGCGCAACCAAAGCAAACCAUACAACAAGACUCUGUGACAUCGUGCUGUGAGAACUGAUUCAAAGGCUCAUGGAGGCAACUUUUUUUUAACAGAAAUGCAGAGGCGGGAGGCGGACUUUCACUCAGCAGGAGAUUUCCUAUUUCAUGCUGGAAUUUGGGAAAACUGCCGUAAAGAAAAUUAUGUUAGAACCUUGUCAACAUGGACCUCUUCUUCAAAAGACUUUUGAAAAAAAAUAUCUAUGUACAGGUAUCUCAACUUAGACAUCAGAAAAGCCUUUAUAUUACGCAUCCACACGUGAUGGCUUCAGAAUACUGACUCUCUCCACCAUCCAUGUAGCAGCAUCGAUACAUGUUGCGGUCCAAACUAGUUUGUACAAGAAUGUAUCUCUUGUCACACUGAGUGUAUUUUGCGCAGUUUCAAGGUGUGUUGUGAAACAUCAUCUACAGGCUCUGGAGUGACGAUUCAGGUCCAAUCAUGAAAAUGCAUGCUUAUACUUGUCAAGUGCACGUUUUUACAUACCAUUUCUUAUUUAGAUUUUUUUAUUAUAUAUGAUCUAUAUUGCAACAUAAUUACCAGGUUUGCCUCGACAAUAUUAAUUAAAGGGAAGAUAAUACAUCUGCAUCACAUUUGUGUGCGUGCGUACGUGUGCGUGUUGUAUAGCUUGUAUAGCUAUACUUGUGGGGACCUGUUCUUGGAAACACACCAAAGGGUCCCUCCUUUGCCAUUUGUGGGGGUUUGAGGUUUUGCCUGUCCCCACAAGGUCAAUAUGACUGCUUUUAAGUUUGGUUCUGAUCCUGUUGAAGGUCAGCCAUUUGUUUUGUGUGGCUAAGUUUAAGACGACUAUACCCUAGUGUACCCUAGGUAAAACAGAUGUAGGCUCCUUGUAUCAUCAGUGAAGUUCUUUCAGUUCCGACACAAAGAAUAAAAAGACUCUCCAUGAAGAGCUUGACCAUUUUGCGCCACUCUUCUUCAUCAGUUCAGAGUCCUCAUGACGGAGGGCACGCGGCCGACCCAAUGAUUGAACUUGUGCUUCAACCGUCGUCCACUUAAGAUUUUGCGAGACUCUUGACUUCCUGUCAAACUCCAGAGAACGUUCUGCUUUCUUGCUGAGAACCAUGUCUCAAACUUGGAGCUGAUCUAUAGCUAUCCUUAUUCCACCAGGCCCUGUCCUUCCUAUCAAUGCAUUAUUAGAAAUAAAAUCCACUGUGUCCCAUUGACAAGUGAAGAGUGACCGUAUUACUUAAACAUUUUAGUUCAUAAAAAAUACUGUCUAUGAAGACCAACUAGCUUGAUUCAAUUCUCUUCAAUCUAGAUACAACUCUUUCAUGGAUUGUCAGGAACUCUGUUAUAUUGGAACUAUUCCAGGAGUGCUGCAGUCGAGACCAAGACCAAUGUGAGGGCAAGACCUAGACCAAGACUGAGACCAAACUGAAUACAGAACAAAAAACUAGCUUAUUCUAAAGAAAGCCUUUAAUUCCUUUAUAUAUUUAGAAAAUUUGCUGUAAGAGACAACUCAGCUUUUGUGCUCUGUAUUCAGUUUGGUCUGGGUCUCGCCCCUCAUUGGUCAUGGUGUCACCUCAGUCUCAGGACCUCAAAGUUUGCUCUUGGUCUCUCUAUUCUGUGGUCUCAGCGACACACUGUAUGGUCUCUGCACCAUGUGUAAAAGCGAGGAUAUUGAGAGGUAGGAGAUGUGCAUUAAUGUACAGGCCUGUGAUGAGUGUGUAUUCAUGUAUUACAGCUAAGCAGGUGGAGUGCGUGCUGAGUGAAUGUAAAUGGCUGAUUCAAUUCUUUUUUUUUUAACGCUCCAACAACAGCCUUUUGAGUCAGGACGCCCACCUUCGCCUCCAUUCAGCUUCAUUUGCUCCGAUCUUGAGUUCACAACGAGGUGAGAGUGUGUUUCUAUUGUGUUCCUUGGUGAGGAGUGCGUACUGCUGAGUUUUGUAAGCCUGUUUCCUGUGUCUGUGUUCUCGUUGCAAACGUCUUAUCAAAGCACAAAACCGCCGCCAGUAUGUAGAGGUGAUGUAACAGAAAUAUAUACUUCUUCUUGAUAUAUUGUCAUUAUUAUGAAUAUCGUGUUGAUCUGACUGUUUUCGGGGGCUUAUCUUUCUUUCGGUUACUAUGAAACACUCGAUAUUGCCUGAUAAUCCAUCUCCCAGGUAAAUAC